ACCCAAGUAAAACGGGACUGGAGUCUGGAAACCUUUCAUUAGUAUGGGGGGUGUUGGAAACAGAGGACUAUUUCCGCAGAGUUAGCAAACUCAAACUUAGACAACAUCGAAAGUGCGAAUCACUAAAAUGUUGUCAUCCUCAACCUCAACGAUCACUUUCAUUUUUAGGUAUUCUCUUCUCCAUAUCCCUAAUUUUGUUUCCUUCCCUUCCUCUUCAUCCCUUCACUCUCAUUCUACUCGCCAAGUUGAUGAAGCUGUUCAUUCCUUCACUCGCAUGCUCUCUAUGCGUCGCCCUCCGUCCAUCAUCCAAUUCACCAAGAUUUUGGGAUCUCUUGCCAAGACCAACCAUUUUCCUACCACCAUUUCCCUUUUUCAGCAAUUGCAAACCAGAGGAAUCGCUCCCGACUUAUUUACUUUGAGCAUCGUAAUCAAUUGUUGUUUCGGCAUGGGUAGUAUGACGCUUGCUUUCUCUGUACUGGCCAAAAUUUUCAGGAUGGGUUUUCAACCUGAUACGGUAACUAUGACAACAAUCCUGAAAGGUCUCUGUCUCUGCGGUAGUGUUGAAAAAGCAGUGCGCUUUCAUGACAGAGUGCUGGCUCAUGGAUUUCACUUCGACCAAGUCACUUAUGGGACCUUAAUCAAUGGGCUCUGUAAGACCGGACACACAUCAGCUGCUAUUCAAGUGUUGAGAAAGAUCCCACGGUAUGGCAUUGCUCCUAAUGUCUUCAUGUACAGCGCAAUUAUUGAUAGCCUCUGUAAGGAUACACUUGUAAGUCAGGCUUUUCAUUUAUUCUCUGAAAUGCUAGCUAAGGGAAUUUCUCCUAAUGUUAUCACAUACAGUUCUCUCAUUUUUGGAUUGUGUCUUGAGGGUCAAUAUAAGGAAGCCAUUGAUUUGUUAAGUGAUAUGGGGCUUAGAAACAUUACUCCAAAUGUUCGUACCUAUAGUAUUUUGAUCGAUGGGCUAUGCAAGGAAGGAAAGAUCAAAGACGCUAAGAGUGUAUUGGCUGUAAUGGCAAAACAUGGUGUGAAACCAGAUGUGGUUACUUAUAACAGCUUAAUGGACGGAUAUUGUUUGGUUAAUCAGGUAAAUAAGGCAAAAUAUAUAUUCAACACAAUGGCCCAAAUUAGAGUGUCACCCAAUGUUCGAAGUUACAGUAUCAUGAUUAAUGGCUUCUGCAAAAGUAAAAUGGUCGAUGAAGCCUUGAAUCUCUUUGAAGAAAUGCGUCGCAAGAACUUGGUUCCAGACACGGUAACUUACAGCACUCUUAUUGAUGGCUUGAGCAAAUCGAAGAGAAUCUCCCGUGCUUUGGAGCUUCUUAUCGAGAUGCAUCAUAGAGGUCAACCCGCUAAUGUAGUUACUUACAAUUCGUUGUUAGAUGGGAUGUUCAAAAACCAACAACCUAACGAGGCAUUUAUGUUAUUCAAUCAAAUGAAAGAGUCUGCCAUUGAUCUCGAUAUAUUCACUUACAAUAUACUUAUAGAUGGCCUAUGCAAAGGUGGAAGACUUAUAGAUGCAAAAGAGAUUUUUCAAGAUCUUUCCUUUAAAGGCUAUCGUCCAAAUGUGAGGACAUACAAUAUUAUUAUCAAUGGGCUCUGCAAAGAGGGCUUGUUUGAAUAAGCAUUGGCACUCUUGUUAAAAAUGGAAAGCAAUGGUUGCUUACCAGAUGCUGUGACUUUUGAAACUGUUAUCCGUGCUUUGUUUGAAAAAAAUGAGAAUGACAUGGCUGAGAAACUUCUUCGGGAAAUGGUUGCUAGAGGCUUAUUGAAUUGAUAAAAGAAGGUUGAGGCUUGACAUGGCUUUCAUCCUUGUUUUUCUUCUCAAAGGUAGAAUUUCAUUUCAUGAAAAUUAAGAUUUGGGUCCACGAUGGACCACUUACAAGACUAAAAGAGAGAUUUCCCAACGAAACUUAUCUAAAUCAGGAAACAACAUUGAAAGGGAAGGAAAGAGUAAAGUGAAAACUUCUUCUUCAGACAUUUCUCAUCUUCUUUGCAUUCCUCAGUCAAGCAAGCAUGCUUGGAAUUCUGAUUCACUCCUUCUGACUCGUUCAAGGACACAAGCCUUAUCGAACUCUUCACCGGCAAACAUGAAUCUGUUGCGAGCCUUCCAUAUCUCCCACAUCAGGGACUCCAAUUUCGGAUCUGAGCCAAGUGGACCAUGACUGACCACAGCUAAUUAUGUAGUGUUGGACUGUUUCUUCCAUCGCGACACACCUUCGACAGGUUGGGGGUCCCAAAUAGAAGUCUAGAGCUUCUUCUGCUGGCAGUGGAGUGGCAUCAGCUCGAGUGGAGGGUGGUAGAACUAGUGUGCCAGUAAAUAUCCUGAAGCCACGGUGUAGCAACCCUUUUUCUCCCUUGGCCAGGUAACUGAAUCAUCCCCUUCCCCAAUUUCAGUUUGUAAAAUAUUCUGUGCAAUAUCUGUACUGAAUUGUUCUGCGAUGAGCUGUUGGUUCCAUUGCUUGUUUUUGUUUAGGAGUUGAUUAACCCAAAUUAGUUGUGAGUUAGUAGGAAUUAACAUCUGAGUAGAUAAUGCUUGUUGAUUUUUGAUCCAAGAGUCCUCCAUUUACAUAUGGGUAAAUACCAAUCUACCAUGUUAUAUGUAUAAAUUUAACUGGCUUUUGGCCCCUUCGGAAUCAAUUAUGAGACACUAGAGUUCUUCUAAACUAAUUUGGUUUCUAGUUGAACCCAUACUCACUAGAUUUUAAACUUCAAAAAUCACUUCAUCUCAAACGGAUGAAAUAUUGCUGUUGCUAUAAACUUUGCAAAGCCAAUCUUUGCAUUAUAAUUUGGUUCUUCAUUUAUAUACUUCCAUUCUAACUUUGUGUGGUGCGUGCUGCAUAAAACAGUUUUAGACUUGAGCAAACAGUACUCCAAACAUUUGAUACUGCAAAGGGAAUAAUUUUGCUUUAUGGUGAGAGUAUAUGAUAUGCAAUGUGUUUUGGAUAUUGCAAUUUGCAAGUUCAUCAAGAACAAGAUGGCUGUGUCAUCAAGAGUUGUUUGAGACUCUACAGGAAGGGAAAAUUUUAAUAUAGUUAACCAAUUCUUUGUUCAUUUUCACUGACAUACAAAAUGGGAGCUCAAGUUGAAUAGUAA